AUGCCUCACUUUGCAAACUCUCUUUUAAGAAGCAUCAUAAGCAGAAGUCAGUUUGAUAGCAUCAAGAGAAAGCAAUGUCUCCAAUAUCUAAAAACCCUGAGAACGCUGCAAUAUGAUGGGUUUAAGACCAUCUAUCUUGGUGAAACAGAAAUCUCAGAAAGUCUUGUAACUGGAGAAGAACUUGGUGGUGGAUAUUUCAUGCAAACUCCAACUUGGUGUAUUGUGCAUGCUGGGAGUAGUCAAGGAUGGGUGCCUUGGAAAUACCGGAUGUUCCUGAGAGAUGAACUCUGUAUCAAACAUGAAGACAACCUCUUCUUCGAGUUCUGUGAUGUGGUAAGGAAGGCCUAUGGGAAGUGUGCCAUCGUGGUCAAAGAGAGAAGGCAGCAGGAGGAGUUGAGGCCAAAGGAAGACAGAGAGGCUGAGACCCAGCCCUGUGUCCCGAUAGUCAUGAACUUAACAAGCAUCAUGUGUUGCCCUGAGGUGGCCAAGGCCUGCGGCCAUGAACUACUCUCUCUGCCUUCCCCUUGUAAUUACCUGAAUCCUUUAGAUUCAGCCUGGUCUUCUCUAAAAUGGUUUAUCAUCAAUAACAGAAAAGAGUUUUGUUUGCAGUCCAUUGAUAAUGUCUAUUCUUACCAGUAUAUACUUUUCAGUCAUUUAAUUAGCAAAGGGAUUGAAAGGAUAAACCCAAGCAAGUGGAAAAUACUAACUAACAAGGUACGAAGAUGGGAAAACUACUACCUUGGAAAAUUUUCUUAAGGAUGAUUUCACCAAUAAGUAGCAAGACUCUGUUAUGUGUCUGGUCUUUACUACCAACUCUACUGAGCUCAAUCCCAGAACACUGAUGUCAAAGAUACUUUGAUAGUGACCUCACAGGGGCGCUGUGAAGACUGUGAGGUUCCUCGGGGUAUUGGUAAAGUGCUUUGAGUGAACUGGACGUUUCAUUAAAGUUUGUUGGU